AUGAAUCUCCAAACAAAUAGUAGUAGUAGUAGUAAUAUCUCUACAAAUGUUACACAAGUCAUUACAAUUGAUGGAAUGGGUCAAAUAUCACCCAUGAGUGCUUCAGACUUUGAUGUUUUGCUUUUAACUCACGAGCAUGUACAACAAACUGCUCUUGCUCUUGCAUUAAUAUUUUCUCAAGAAGAGCCUUUGGCUAUUGGAACUUCCACAAGCCCACCUGCUUAUUUUCCAUACGCUUAUGACUAUUGCAAAAGAUGUGCUGAGGGUGGCUUGUCACACAUCGCUAUUGACAAAUCUUCUAACAUGGUUGUUGGAUUUCAUCUGUGCUCUGAUGCAGAUGAGUGGGUUGAACCACAUUCCAAUGACGAGGGUAUUCUACUUCAUUUGCGCCUAUUAGAUGAUUUACAUGCAAUUUAUGAAGAAAGUCAGCAAAACAAUCAUCACGGAAAAGGAACAGCCUGUGAUGGUGGAAAGAAAAUCUUUAAGAUUUGCUCAGCAGGUACUUAUGCAUUUGCCAGACGAGUAGGGCUGGCAAAGAGGAUGUUUAAUGAGGCCUUACAAUUGGCAAAAGAAAAGAAAUAUGACUGUAUGAUGGUCGAAUGCACUGGUUUUGCUUCUCAAGCUUUAUACGCAAAAAUUGGUUUCAAAGAAAUUGCACGUGUUAAUUACGAAGAAUAUGAAGUAGUUGAUUAUUUACCAAACAAAGUCAACGGAGGAAUCAUUGAGAGACGAAGAAGGCCAUUUAAGACUAUUCCAACCUCUGUUGGUACAUUUAUCAAUCUCAUGGUCAUGGAUCUCUAA